GGCGCUAACGCAACUUUGGACUUUUAAAAACGCAUUAGGAGUACUGAAGAACAUGUCCAGGAAAUAUGAACCGCUCUUAAAUAUCUGGAGAAAUAAAGCUGUGUAAGAUUUUAGUAUUUACUGAAACUGAGCUUGAAAGAUCAUCAACAUGGACAUCUCCUCUGAUGAAGCUGAUGACUGGUUUAUGGAGUCUCUAAACACAUACAAAGACCUGCAUGUAUUUCACCUCGAGCAUCCGACAAAAGUAAUAGAGUGGACGGGUGACAAAAGUAUUUGUGUCGCAGGAUGCACUAGCUCAAGGAGUGAAAUCUUAGAGUUACUUCUGCCUCUAAAGUUAUAUGCAGGAGACAACCAGGGUCUUUGUGCAGAGCGAGACUUCAAAGUACAGCAUGGUGGAUUUUCAGAAGAACCUGUUGAGUGUUUGAUACAUAUCCCUGGAACACGGUGUGUGGUGACCAGUGGAAGUUCUAGUUCGACAUUGCAUAUUUGGGAUAUUGGAGGAGAUGAAAGUGAUGUUAUUAAAAGGACUGGGGUUAUAAACCCCAAAAGCACAUCAGCAAAAUGCAGUAAAAUAGCUCCUGGAUUGACUGAAGAAGCCACAGUCCUUCAUGGUUCUUGUAUCAAUGAUGUUCAACUGACACAGAUAGCAACAGGAAGAGUUCUGUAUACAGUAGGAAAAGAGUCAUCUGAUUCAGUGAGUGGCUUACAGUUUGUGAAUGCUUGUGUAUUUCUAAUUUGUGCAAGCAAUGGCUCUCUGCUUAUGGGUGACACAAGAGAUCCCUUGACCAGUCAUUAUCCUCUGAAAGAGACUUUGAAAGAGACAAGUGGUGGUUUGCAUUGGUGUUUUGGGAUGAGGAGGGACAGGUUCCAGUCAGAACCUUCCUUUUGUACUAUAGCAAGGCUCGCUUCCUCCGGUCACAUGGUGCUGUCUGAUCUAAGAGAUUUACAGAGUCCAUUUUGUCAAACUCGACUAAAUGUCAAACAUAGUGCACCAAACAAUGACUUUCUGAAUGUUUCUUGGGCUCCUGUUCUCGACAGCUGUCUUUCUGUGUCUGGUAAGUUGAGCUCCUUUCCUGUUUUUAGCUAUAUAAAGAUAGUUCACCCCAAAAAUAAAAAUACUAUCGUCAUUAACAUUGUUGAUCCAAACCCACAUGACUUUCUUCUGUGGGAUUCAAAAGGAGAUGUUAAGCAGAACGAGAUGUUCUAUUCACUUUCAUUGUAUAGAAACAUUUGUUUUCACUUUAAUGACCUGACAAACUUUUCUUUUAAAGGAUUUGAUGGCACAGUACAGCUCUAUAACACAACAAACUGGAGCACAGAGGCACAGGACCCUCAGCCGAUUUUUUCACACCAAGGUCAUGAAAUGCUAUAUGAAGCAAAGUACAGUAGUUCCCAGCCUGUGGUUACUACCCAUGCUUGGCAUCAAUCGCGACCAAAUACUCUUCUCUCAGCAGCAACAGAUGGAUCUAUACAUGUUUGGGACUGGGUGGACAAAAACACUGACAGAUAAGAAUAUGUUGAGAUUCCUUUGACAGGACAAAACUAUUGUGUGUAUAUGAUGCUCUUUAUUCAAUUUUAAAAGGAGCAAAUCUUCAUGUCAUUUAUCCAUGAGUUCAGGACAUAAUGUAAUUAAAAAUGUAACAUACUGUCCUUCUUAGUCUUUGACAAUGACUGUUUAAAUUGACUACUUGUACAUUAAAACAUUAUAAAAAAAAAAAAAGUAUUAUAUUAGUCAAUGAGUCUGAUACCAAUUUCCAGAUCCGUAUUUUACAAAAGCAGUUUUCAGUGUCAGUGUUACAAAAUUACAAAUAAUAUAAGAUAGCUAAGCUAAUGAAAAAAAAUGUCUAUGGUGUGGUAUUGAAUAAUCUGGGUCAAUAAAAUGGGCAUACUUAAAGAGAAGGAAAAGGCCACAUUAAAUGGCUGCAUCCUGAUUCGCCUUUUUCUUUUUUUUUUCUCCCCGAUUUGGAAUGCCUAGUUCCCAAUGCACUCUAAGUCCUCAUGGUGGUGUAGUGACGCUCCUCAAUCUGGGUGGCAGAAGAUGAAUCUCAGUUGCGUCCGCGUCUGAGACAGUCAAUCCGCACAUCUUAUCACGUGGCUUGUUGAGCGCGUUGCCGCGCGUGUGGAGGCUUCACGCUAUUCUCUGCGGCAUCCACACACAACUCACCACGCGACCCACCGAGAGCGAACCACAUUAUCGUGACCACAAGGAGGUUACCCCAUGUGACUCUACCCUCCCUAGCAACCGGGCCAAUUUGGUUUCUUAUGAGACAUGGCUGGAGUCACUCAGCACGCC